AUGGCAAAUAAUCCAAGAAAACUUAUUCGAUAUUUAAGUGAACAAUAUCAGAACUAUGGUUACAUUGAUGAGCAAAGUAAUGAGAUGAAACAAUCGAUUAAAUCAACGUUCAAGAUUCCAAUGAAAAAUUUUCUUCGUCAAAUCUCAGGAGAAGUUAAAGAAAAAAUUGAUCGAUUAGAACAAGGAACACAGAUAAUUAAUAAAGUUUUACAACAACUGAUAUUUACUUCUUUAAUAUCUACUGAUAAAGAUCAAGAAACAAAUCAACAUACAAUUAUUGAAACUGGUAUGACACAUCGUGAAACGAAAAGUGGUAGUCAACGAUUACGAUGGAAUCUAUUAUUCAAUCUUCUAUUAUGGGUUGUUAUUCCACUUCCAUUCUGGAUUCCAUUUAUUUCAAAUCAAGUUGCUUUAUAUCUUUUACCAUCAAUGCAUGAACCGAUUGAAUUAAUUGUUACAAGUGUACAAUCAGUAGCUACUCAAACUGAAGUACAUCGAAUAACUUUGGUCGUCUCUUUUGAAGAAAAAACAUCAGAUAAAGAAGAGAAAUGUAAAUAUUUACAAAAUAGAUUUGAACAUGCUGGUUUUGAACAAAUUAUAUUUACUAUUCAUCCACGUGGUUUACCAAAUGAAAUUCCUGGUAAAUGUUCGAAUUCAAAUUAUGGCCUUCGAAUGGCUGUUAAUCAAAUGAAUAUUAUUAAUGAUGAUGAUAUGAAAAAUAUUUUAGUAACAACAUGUGAUGCUGAUUCAAAAUUUCCAUUAAAUUAUAUUGCUGCAUUAACUUGGAAAUAUUUAGAAGAAAAACAACCAGCAUUAACAACAAUUUAUCAAUCACCAUUAUUUUACAAUUGGAAAUUAGAUAGUCUCUCAUUUAUAACACGUGUUACAGGACUUUUAAGAAGUUUAUUAAUGUUAGGUGCUUUAAUUCCAUUCAAUAUUAAUACGAUGAGUAUUUUUUCAUUUUCGUUGAGUCUAGCAAAGAAAGGUAAUUUUAUUCAUCCGGGUUAUCAAAUGGACGAUAUUAUUUGUCUAAUUCGAUGGAUGGGUGUUACUCAACAACAUCUUCGAAUUUCAAUGAUACCCGUGCCAGUCGUAAGUGGACCAACGUCCGGUGAAACAAUCGAAAUUGAAAUUAUGGAAUGGGCAAGACAAGCACGUCGUUGGACUAUUGGAGCAGCAGAAGUCUUUCAUUAUUUUAUUAUUAAAGCAAAACAUAUACCAAAAAUAGCAGCAUUUUCAUGGGGUUUUGUUUUUAUUAUUUAUUAUGGAGUUCUUCUGUGUAGUGCUGGUUUAUUCAAUUUUGCAUCAACAAUAUCAAUGUUAUUACUAGUUAAAAAUGUUCCACCAAUAAUUACUUACAUUAUGUAUGGUCUAUUUGGUCUACAAAUGUUAACAUUUCUAAUUGCAUUUCUAAUUGAUGCAAUUAUAGUUCGAUUAAUCAAUGUUCAUGAAUUUAUUUUUAUUCUUCGAAAUAUCUUUCAUUUCAUAUCAACACCAUUUGUUCUUGUAGCCUAUUCAUUAGUUGAACUUUAUGCAUUACAUGAAGUAGUAAUAUUCGGCAAGAAAGUUUGCAAACAUGGAGCAUCAGCAAAGAAUGUCUUAAACUAA